AUGCUGGUGGGUCAUCUCACUCCAAUACUUGUUCAUAACUAUAUUUCAGGUGUGGCCUCAUGUGCUUCAAAGGAAAUGUUCAACUCCUCUACCCGCAUGAAUCGUCCGGUUUCAAUCGGCAUCGCCGCUCUGCUUGUAUCCGUGCUCGCUCUCCAGUUGAUCGCCAAAACUCUAAAGAGUAGAGCGUCGGCGCUCGGGCCACGGCUACGUUGGGCUGCCCUGCUGCUCAACGGCUGCCUGGGUUUGGUUUAUCUUGAGCUAGGGCUCUGGAUGCUGGUGUUCAAUCGGGACGCUUCUGUUUAUUGGUGUCUCGUAGCAUUAUCUCAAGGACUGAAUUUGAUCCUUACCAACUUGGCUCUCAGCAUCGGACCUCGGCUUCUUGGAGCGGCAUUUGUCCGGUCUUGGUUGGUCUUGCAGAGCAUCUUCGCAGCGUUCAUCUGUUAUUCUUCAGUUGCUGAUAUUGUGGCACACAUGACCAUCACCGUCAAGGCUUGUUUAGAUCUUCUGUCCCUACCAGGUGCAGCUCUCCACCUUAUUUAUGCCAUUCGACCAAGCCCUGAUGAAGAGGGUUAUGAAGGAAUCGGAGAUGGUUCAUACAAGCCCCUGAACACGGAGACGGAUGGCGACGUAACUCCUUUUGCUCAAAUUCUCACCUUAUCUACAGGCCCGAUACUUCUCAAGGCAUUCAUCAAUGUAUCACUUGGGAAAGGGACCUUUGAAUACCAAGGAUGUGUGCUUGCUGCGAGGCAGUGGUAUUUCCGCACUCGGAGAUUAGGACUACAGGUGAGGUCGUUCCUGUCUGCCGCUAUUUAUAAGAAACAACAGAGGCUGUCAAAUGAAGGGAAACUGGAGCACUCUUCUGGACAAAUCAUCAAUUAUGCGACCGUUGACGCCUACCGGAUCGGGGAAUUCCCGUACUGGUUCCAUCAGACAUGGACAACAAGCGUUCAGCUCUGCAUCGGUCUGGCGAUUCUGUACAGCGCGGUUGGCACCGCGAUGAUUUCGUCGCUGGUCGUCAUUGUCAUCAACGUGCUCUGCAGCGCUCCGUUGGCCAAGCUGCAACACAGAUUCCAGAGUAAGCUUAUGGAAGCACAGGAUGUGAGAUUGAAGGCCAUGUCCCAGUCACUACUUCAUAUGAAGGUCUUGAAACUAUAUGCAUGGGAAGGCCACUUCAAGAAGGUCAUCGAGGGGCUGAGGGAGGUCGAGUACAAGUGGUUAUGGGCAUUCCAGCUUAGGAGGGUGUACAACAAUUUCCUCUUCUGGGCGUCGCCUGUUUUGGCUUCAGCAGCUACCUUCCUCACAUGCUAUAUUUUGGAAAUCCCUCUUGAUGCUAGCAAUGUCUUCACCUUCGUGGCAACUCUGCGUCUUGUGCAUGACCCAGUUAGGUCAAUACCGGAUCUAAUUGCAGUUGUGAUACGAGCUAAGGUUGCUUUCACUCGGAUAGUAAAGUUCCUUGAUGCACCCGAGCUGAACGGGCAAGUGAGGAAGAGAUACCAUGCUGGCAUUGAUUAUUACCAUAUAGCGAUGAAUUCAUGCAGUCUCUCAUGGGAUGAGAGUGCACCAAAACCAACUCUAAAGAAUGUGAAUUUGGUAGUCAAAGCUGGAGAAAAAGUUGCAAUUUGUGGAGAGGUAGGGUCAGGAAAGUCGACACUUUUGGCUGCUGUACUCGGAGAAGUCCCCAGGACUGAAGGCACGAUCCAAGUAUGUGGGAAAAUAGCAUACGUUUCUCAGAAUGCAUGGAUCCAAACAGGAACUGUGCAAGACAAUAUUCUAUUUGGAUCUUCGAUGGACAGGCAAAGAUACCAAGACACACUUGAACGGUGCUCGUUGGUCAAAGACCUUGAAAUGUUGCCAUAUGGAGAUUGUACUGAAAUUGGGGAGAGAGGAGUAAACCUCAGUGGUGGUCAGAAGCAGCGCGUCCAGCUUGCUCGUGCACUAUACCAAAAUGCAGAUAUAUAUCUUCUUGAUGACCCUUUCAGUGCUGUUGAUGCCCAUACAGCAACAAGACUCUUCAAUAAAUAUGUUAUGGGUGCUCUAUCAGACAAGACUGUCCUUUUGGUGACCCACCAAGUUGAUUUUCUGCCCGUAUUUGACUCCAUUUUGUUAAUGUCCAAUGGAGAGGUUAUCCGUUCUGGAUCUUACCAAACUCUGUUGGCAGAUUGUAAAGAAUUUAAGGACCUUGUAAAUGGCCAUAAAGAUACUAGUGGUGUUUCAGAUCUUAAUAACAACAUACCCCCUAGCAGAGCUAAGGAAAUAUCGAUAAAUGAAAAAGAUGGUAGUCAUGGAAGCAGAUAUAGAGAUUAUGUGAAGCCAUCACCAGCAGAUCAACUGAUCAAGAAAGAGGAAAAGGAAACUGGAGAUGCUGGUGUUAAGCCUUAUAUGUAUUACUUGCGGCAGAAUAAAGGCUUGGUGUAUGCCUCUUUUGCUGUGAUUUCUCACAUGAUUUUCAUUGCUGGGCAGAUAGCCCAGAGUUCGUGGAUGGCCGCCAAUGUCCAAAAUCCUCAUAUUAGUACACUGAAGUUAAUUAAUGUGUACAUUGUUAUCGGAGUUUGCACAAUGUUCUUCUUGCUAUCAAGAUCUUUAUCAGUCAUUAUUCUUGGGAUUCAGACAUCAAGAUUCUUAUUUUCCCAGUUACUCAGUUCCUUGUUUCGUGCACCCAUGUCAUUUUUUGAUACUACUCCUAUAGGAAGAGUUCUUAGCCGGGUCUCUUUGGAUUUGAACAUCCUUGACCUUGAUAUUCCGUUUGCUUUCAUGUUCAGCCUUGCUGCCAGCUUAAAUGCAUAUAGCAAUCUAGGGGUACUGGCUGUUGUUAAAUGGGAAGUUCUACUUGUAUCCGUGCCAAUGGUUGUUUUGGCAACUAGGUUGCAGAGGUACUAUCUAGCCACGGCUAAGGAAUUGAUGCGGAUCAGUGGCACUACCAAGUCUACUCUAGCAAAUCACUUGAGUGAAUCAAUUUCAGGGGCUAUAACAGUAAGGGCCUUUGGGGAAGAAGAUCGCUUCUUUACUGAAAAUUUGGAUCUUGUUGACAAGAAUGCCAGUCCAUGUUUCCAUAAUUUUGCAGCAACUGAAUGGUUGAUUCAACGUCUGGAAAUAAUGAGCGCCGUGGUUCUUUCUUUUUCUGCUUUUCUCAUGGUUCUUCUCCCUCAAGGAACUUUUAGCCCUGGUUUUGUGGGAAUGGCACUGUCUUAUGGUCUUUCCCUGAACACGUCGUUUGUUUUCUCUAUUCAAAACCAAUGCAAGCUCGCAAAUCAAAUAAUUUCGGUGGAACGGGUGAGGCAGUACAUGGACAUAAAAAGUGAAGCAGCAGAAGUUGUCGAAGAAAAUCGACCAGCACCAGAUUGGCCCAAAGAUGGCAGUGUGGAGCUUACAGAUUUGAAGAUUAGGUAUAGGAAAGAUGCUCCCUUUGUACUGCAUGGAAUCACUUGCAAGUUUGAAGCUGGAGAUAAGAUUGGUAUAGUUGGUCGGACAGGAAGUGGCAAGACAACACUAAUUGGUGCGCUUUUUCGACUUGUUGAACCUGCUGGAGGGAAAAUAAUUAUAGACUCCGUGGACAUCAGUACAGUAGGCUUACAUGACCUGCGUUCGCGUUUGGGUAUCAUUCCACAAGAUCCAACACUUUUUCAGGGUACAGUAAGAUACAAUCUAGAUCCUCUUGGGCAAUUCUCAGAUCAACAAAUAUGGGAGGUUCUUGACAAAUGCCAACUUCUUGAAGUUGUCGAGGAGAAAGAACAGGGAUUGGAUUCACAUGUUAUGGAAGACGGAUCAAACUGGAGCAUGGGCCAAAGGCAGCUCUUCUCUCUGGGACGUGUACUUUUGAGAAGGUGCCGUAUCUUAGUUCUUGAUGAGGCCACAGCUUCUAUAGACAAUGCAACAGAUGCCGUCCUUCAGAAAACAAUUCGGAGAGAAUUCAAAAAUUGCACUGUUAUUACAGUUGCUCACCGUAUACCAACAGUUAUGGACUGUGAUAUGGUACUUGCAAUGAGUGACGGGAGAGUAGUGGAGUAUGACAGACCUGCAAAGCUCAUGAAAACUGAAGGAUCUCUCUUUCGCGAGCUGGUCAAGGAGUACUGGUCAUACACAUCGAAAACAACUAUUUAG